AUGGUAUACUCACUUGGAGAACUAACAAGAAUAAUUAUUGAUACUAUAGAGAAACCAAGUGUAACUUUAAGAGAUAAAUUUAGAGAAUUAUAUAAUUUAAAUCUAUCUCAAUUAGAAAAUUUCAAAUAUAUACAAG